GGCAGAGGAGGGAAAGGAAAAAAGAUGGCGGCGCCCGUGGAAGUCUGUCACGUCGCUUGCUGCGCCAACCGGUCGGGCGGCGGGGCCGUGUCCUGGGGGCGAGAGGGGCUCCUCGCCUUCGGCAGCUGCCAUGACGUCAUCCUCUACGAGCCGACGGCGAGGCGCACAGUCGCUGCUCUCCGCGGCCACGCCGGCAGGGUCAACUGCGUGCACUGGGUCCGGCGGCGGGACGGCGCUUCUGAAACAGAGUUAAUUUCUGGUGGAUCUGAUAAACAACUCAUUCUUUGGGAAUGGAAUGGAACGGGAUCAUGGCAUAAUCAGAUUGUGAAAAGUGUCCCUCUCGGAGGCCAUGCUGAAGCUGUUUGUGCUGUGGAUGCUGUCUACCAGUCGGAUGAACAAGAUCGAAAUCUGCUAAUAGCUUCUGCAGCUUCCGACUCUACUGUGAGAAUCUGGUCUAGGUGUGGUUCUGAAGUUAAAUGCACUGAAGUUCUGCAGUUUGGAAAUGGAUUUGUUAUGGAUGUCUGCUUAUCCUUCUUGCCUGGUAGCAAUGUACCAAUACUGGCUUGUGGUGGUGAUGACUGCAAAAUAAGUUUGUUUAUACAACAGGAUGGUCAGUUUCAGAAAACGUUAAUACUCCCUGGCCAUGAAGAUUGGAUAAGAGGCAUUGAAUGGGCAGUCUGUGGUGAAGACCUUUUCUUAGCCAGCUGUGCUCAAGAUUGUUUGAUAAGAAUUUGGAAAGUGUGUACAAAAUCAAAGCAACUUCCAGAAGCUGAAGAUGAUACCAUAAGACUGAAAGAGAAUAUUUUUACUGUUAAAGAUACUGAUAAAACAUACGCAAUUACUUUGGAGUCGGUGUUGGCUGGCCAUGAAAACUGGGUGUAUGCAGUUCACUGGCAACCUUCAUUUUCCAAAGAUGGCAGCAUGCAACAACCGAUGAGGAUACUGUCUGCAUCAAUGGACAAAACUGUGAUCAUCUGGGAGCCUGAUAAGGAAUCUGGAGUCUGGUUAGAACAGGUGCGGGUAGGUGAAGUAGGUGGCAAUACCCUUGGAUUUUUUGACUGCCAUUUUAGUCCAGAUGGUUCAAUGAUCGUUGCUCAUGCUUUUCAUGGAGCACUACACCUUUGGAAACAGGCUACAGUUAGUAAGAAAGAAUGGUCUCCAGAAGUUGUGAUUUCAGGACAUUUUAACAGUGUAGAAGAUGUACAAUGGGAUCCAGAAGGACAAUUUAUCAUCAGUGUUGGUUCUGAUCAAACUACCAGGCUCUUUGCUCCAUGGAAAAGAAAACAAAAGACAGAGGUUACCUGGCAUGAAAUUGCAAGGCCUCAAGUACAUGGAUAUGACAUGCGUUGUCUGGCAAUGAUCGGCCGCUUUCGAUUUGUGUCGGGAGCAGAUGAGAAAGUCCUUCGAGUUUUUUCUGCUCCCAAGAAUUUUAUAGAAAACUUCAGUAACAUCACUGGUAUUCCAAUGGAGAAGCUGUGCUCCCAUCAAUCAUCUGAUCUUCCAGAAGGUGCAACUGUGCCAGCCUUGGGGUUAUCCAAUAAAGCUAUUUUUGAAGGAGAUAUGCCUGUUCAACCAGCUGAGGAUGAAGAAACAUUUAAUACCAUUUCCAAUCAGUAUCCUGAGAUUUAUUUUCAACCGCUGACCCUGACAGAACCUCCCCCAGAAGAUCACUUGCUGCAGAAUACCUUAUGGCCUGAAAUCCAGAAGCUAUAUGGACACGGAUAUGAAAUUUUUUGUGUUGCUUGCAAUAAUUCAAGCACUGUAAUUGCCUCAGCAUGUAAGGCUUCCAAAAAAGAACAUGCAGGAGUUAUCUUGUGGAGCACUGCUUCUUGGAAGAAACUGCAGAGUUUGUCAUUUCACAAUCUGACUGUUACUCAGCUGGCAUUUUCUCCCAAUGACAAGUUUUUAUUAGCAGUUUCUAGAGACAGGAAUUGGUCAUUGUGGAGGAAAGAGGACUCAUCAGAGUCAGGACCAGUUUUCAGUUGCUGUGCGUACACAGACAAAAAUACAGCUGUUCACAGUCGAAUCAUUUGGUCAUGUGAUUGGACACCAGAUAGCAAGUAUUUUAUUACUGGCAGUCGGGACAAAAAGGUCAUUAUCUGGGGCCAGUGUGAUUUAUCUCUGACUAAUGAAGGGAAUAUGUUGGAUUCAGUCAAGCCAUGUUCAACAGUACUGGAUGCUGGGGAUUCUGUUACUGCUGUUAGUAUCAGCCGCGUGCUUACUCCUGAUGGAAGAUACAUUGUUGCAGUGGGCUUAGAGAAUGGGAAGAUUAUCUUGCACACCUGGAAGCAGAGCGGGCAAGAACCAGCACUAGCUGAUUGGACCACAUGUGUCGAGAUGAGUAACAGCCAAAGCCAUGCUCUUACUGUGAAACGUUUAUGUUGGAGACAUCAUGUGGGCAGAGCUGGACAUAAUGAUCAGAACAGCAGCGAGUGGUUGCAGCUUGCAAGUUGUGGAGCUGAUCACUGUGUUAAGAUAUUCAAUGUCAACAGAUUUGCUCUUUAGCAAAGACAGCAGGCCUGUCUCUGCAAAACAGAUUUGCAACAUUUGAUUUCAUCUUUUAGCCAUUUUGAUUCUUCAGUUUCCUGCUUUCUGCUGUGGAAAAUGAAACAUCUGACAUGUAACUUAUUAAAGCAAUUUUUGUGGUACUUUGAAAUGUCAAAUAUUUUUCUAAUUCUGCAGUUCUAGGAAUAUGUAGUAUUUUAUAUGUUUUGGUUGGUGAAUAUGCUGGAACUUAGGGAUGGGAGGUGAGGUAGGACAAGGGAGCAUGAUAAUGAGACAGGUUUGUCCACAGUGACUCCAAGGGUAGGUGGAAAGCUGCCAGUACUUGGGUUCUUCUGCACUUGGGAUUGCAAGUGGAGUACUGAAUUGUUUUUGCAAUCCUUAUUAAACUUAACUGUCGGUUGCCUGCCAGUGCUGAUGUUGCGUGUAGUUAACCAGAGGCCAGAGUUAAAUAUACUGCCUUCUCUGAUGGCUUUCUCAAUGAAUGAUAUGGUUCUGGUCCAAGUCUUAGAUUGCCUUACCUUAGAAGGAGUAGUUUGUGUUUGCAUACUUGGCCAGGCCUCCUUGUUUGGUUUUAUUCCUUUCUUCUGCUUUGCAGAAUGCUGGACUUUUGCUUCUCGGUCAUAUGGGGCUUAAAGUCAAACUUGCAGACAGCUUAAAUCGUCUGGUGUCUCCUCUGUGUACCUGUGAGCCCUCUCUGAGCAGAGUCUUACAGAAGAGCCACGUCUUACUUUGCUUGAGGGCUGUCUUCUACAGUUUGGGUAGGAAAAGUUUACAGAUAUCACAAGGCAGGAGCUAAAAGGUGGCAGCCAUUCCUUACACUGCCUUUGGAUUCUUCCUGACUUUGGAGUGCUUGGGUGAAAGCAGAUUAACUUAGUUGUGCAAGAGUCUUAUAAUUUAAAUAGAAUGAUCUCUUCUUCCAAGGUGUAUGAGGAGAGAUUUGAAUUGGAUAUGAGGAAAAUAUUUUUCACCUAAAGGAUUAUCAAGCAUUGGAACAGGCUGCCCAGGGAAGUGGCUGAGUCACCAUCCCUCAAAGUACUUAAAAGACCUGUAGAUGUGACACUUAAGGGCAUAGUUUAGUGGUGAAUGUGGCAGUGGUGGGUUAAUGGUUGGCUGUGAUGAUCUUAAAGAUCUUUUCCAACCUAAACAGUUCUGUGAUUCUGUAAUAGAUGGUGAGUACUUCAGAGAGAAGCCUUCACCUCAGGAGGUGUGUAUCUGAUUCCAAAGUGUACUCAAGUUAUGGGAAUUAAAUUAUAUUUGUUCCAGAACCACUUACUACCCAAAUUGCCAGAAGUGGAACUUUGUCACACUUGUAACUCUGUAUCUUACUUACAGUUUGAUAAGACUGGAUAAUGCUUUCCAGUACAAGUGUGUCUUGCAUGCAGUCUUCUUGUGUGUAGGCAAAAGUGAAAGGUCAUAUUAACUGUUCCUCUCUCUUAUUUUGUGCAAUGCUGUCAUUAAACAAGCAUCAGCUCUUACAUGAUUUAGUAAUCCCAUUUCAUUACUCAUGGGAUUCUCGUGACUCAACUGCAUUGAAGAAUGUACCUGGGUGUUCCAACUUUAAAUACAUCAGAUUAGUCUGUUGAUCUCCCAAGUCUAAAUGUUUGUAAUAGAACAUUUUAUUUUCUAUUAAGUUAAAGAUUGUCAAG